AGAUAAAUAUUGAUAUCCCCUGGCUUGUAUUAGAAGGUUUAGCUUUGUUGAACAAUUUUUUCGAUAGAUAUUGAUUCCCCUGACUUGUGCUGGAACGUUGACAUCUGUUAAACAACGUUCUAUGGUACCGUUGUGAAUACGGCAAUCAGGGUUCCCUCACGUUCUCGGUUACUAUUCGAGAAACAAUAAAGACUAACAGAUUCUGUAUUUGAACUGAAAGCAAGGUGAUUGAGUAAGAAGAAAUUUAGAUUGGAAAACUGAGUGCUAGAAAGGUACAGCAGCAUAUUUCUAGGUUGCGUUCAGGAAUGUACAACUACAGGGUGGCCCACUUAAAGGGACAGUAAAGAGACGAAUGAAAGCAACCGGACCAAUUCCAUGGAAUUCAACCAAAAACAUAAUUGAGAUGAAGUUUUCUCUGGUUUCCGGUUUUCUCUUGGCCUCUGUAAUCCACGUGGCAGAUUUGGAACCGGUUUCUGUAGUUUACGGUGUACCCUGGUCGGAUCCAAGUUCACUUCGACCCAGCAGCUGGGACCACUUCUCAAGACGGUCGAAGAGCUUGCUCAACACUUUUCCCUUCAAUCAACCAGGUUUGAGAAGAAAUUCUGAGUUAGCGCAAUCCAUCCCGUCUUCUGUUACAUUUACAGAUGGAAGAAGUGGUUUACGAACUCCAGCUCCUGGUGUUCAAAACUCUUUAGCUCAAAGACAAUCUUCUCCUGGAGAGUCGAGUUUAAGCUUCAAUAAUCUUCUUCAAGCUCUGGAAGGUACUGGAGAAAAACGUUCCCCCGAGAUCGACUACGAUAAUACAGAUGAGCCUGUUACCGGAUCAGGGGAUGGAGAGGAGACAACAACAACAGAAUCUGGGGUUCAAGAAGAAACUAUUUCUACUCCAGAAUCCACAACCUCGGAACUUGAUUCUUCAACAGAAAAUGGAUUUCAAGCUUCAUCACCAAACCAAUCUGAUCCCUUUCCUGAAGCAGUGGACAAGGAACUAGUCAAGGGAAGCAGUGGACAAGGAACUAGUCAAGGGCAAGAGGAUAAAAAGAAAUGUGUUGACAAGGUGAUGAUGGUGGAGGAGACAGUUUAUGAAGAAAUAGUUCAAUGUGAUCAUUCUUAUGAUAGACGUUGUCAUACAUCAUACUCCACUAGCUUUCAGGCUACACAAGAGGAGGUAUGUAAGGAAACAUACAGGAAAAACUGCUUUAUUGAUAUGGAACCUGUUGCCUUUAAUACAACCGUGAAGAAAUGCAGGCGCCCUCUGGUAAAGGAUUGUUCUAAGAGUGGGAAGCCUAUCUGUAGAACGGAAUAUGAAUCUGAGUGCUCAACCCGCAAUACAGAAAAUGAGAUUGAAGAAGAUGUUGCUGAAUGUAAGACUGUAGUACAGAAGCAAUGCGAUGAGGUAGCCCUGGGGUACACCACUGAACUCAAAUGCAAGGAAUGGCCAAGGAACGAGUGCACUGUUGUAAAGAAAAAGAUAAAAAAGUAUUCCCCUGAGACAACCUGCGAGAAAAUUCCAACCGAACUAUGUGCUCCCCCAGGCUGCGGGUUCAAAGAGGGGCCUGAAAUUUGUGAAGAGAGUAUUAAAACAAUAGUGCAGGAAAAACCGUCAGAAGAGUGUAGCAUAGAACCACAAAGAGUUUGUGAGUUUGUCACCAAAAUGGUUCCAAAACUUGAACCUAUAGAAGAGUGUGUUGACGUACCAAAAGAGAUUUGUUCAAGGUCCCGGGUUGCAACCGGUAAAGAACAGAGACCCAUUAUUAAACGAUGGUGUUACACCCCUUCUGUAGAGUCAGGACUUCAAUAGAUCAUCAGAGUUCAGUAUUGUAACAAUCGUUUAACUUUGUUGCACUGGGUGGCCCAAUAAACAUAAGAAUUUAGACAAACAAGACAUUAAAAUUUUAAAAUGGUUCAUGUCGUUUGAGCAAACUUCCAAAAUUAUUUAUUACUAGCAAUUAUGUUUUGUAGGAAAUAUUUUUUUUAACAAAUUCUAAUUUUUACAUUUUACCAUACUGCGGUUUAGUCACAACCACUCUCUCUUGGCACUUGCUUCCUUAAAAGCUUAAGAUUUAUAAAACUGGUAAAAAAUGGCGUUGUGUUUACUAUGUAAACUCGUGGCUCAACAAAACAAGAUUAUGAUUAAAAACAUGUAAAGAAGAUUUACAUAAAGUAUAAAAUUUACUUUAAUCUUAACUGCAAAGUCACUUGUUUGCUUUUUUAAAAUAAGAUUUUUUUAUUAUUUUUAACAAAACAGAAUCUUAUUUGUUUCUACUGUGGUAGGCAAUUAAAGCAAUAUAAUAAAGAUGACUUUCAAUUUUCAUUUAUAUCAAGCUUUUAAACAGUAUUGAUACACAAAGUUAUGGAAACAAGGAGAAGCUGUCGUUUAAAAAAGCUUCUCUUUAAUUGCUUGUAAAUUUGUUAUUCAAAAAAGCUUGUUAUCAAUUUAAACUAAAAUAAAAAGUCGUCUUCAUUAUAUUGAUAUAAUCGCUUACCAACAACUUUAAAUUUGUUCCUGUAAAUUGUCUUCCAAAUAUGUGUAUCAUGUGUCCGGGUAGUCUGGGCAUUUAUUAAAUAAAUUGGAUUGUGAUAUUCAUGGAGGAACAAUAAAACAUAUUUUAUUA